AUGCCAUUUGAAUACAAGAAAGUGUUGGUCAUCGGUGCCACCUCUGGCAUCGGCAAAACGCUUGCCUCCAAGUUGAUUGAAAAUGGAACCAAAGUUAUCGUGUCUGGUCGGAGAAAGGAUAAUCUCGAUGCAUUUGUCCAGCAGCAUGGCGCCGAUAAAGUCAAGUCAAAGGUUUUCGACAUCAUGAAACUAGACCAGGUAAGUGACGCACACCAAACAUUCUCUGUCCAAUCUUCGCAAGAAAACAAAACCAAUGCAUUACAUAAGAUUUCCCAAUUCGCGUUCGAUAUCAUCACCGAGCAUCCGGACUUAGACUGUAUCUUCGUCAACUCGGGCAUCCAGCGCCCAUUCGACUUUUCCCAACCAGAAACCAUCGACCUGGACAUCUUCGACCAGGAGUUGAUCACAAACUAUACCUCCGCUGUGCAUCUUUCCAAGGCCUUCAUCCCACAUCUGCAGAAGCAGAAAACACAGACUGCUCUGGCCUUCACCACUUCCCAAAUGGCCCUUGUACCCAUGAUGCGCUGCCCGAACUAUGGCGCAUCCAAGGCAGCUUUACACCAUUUCAUCCUUGCUCUCCGAACGCAGCUGCAUGACGGGCCUGGAAAUGUCAAGGUGCUGGAGAUCUACCCUCCUGCCGUCCAGACAGAACUGCAUGAUGCUAAGCACCAGCCUGAUCUGAAGGAUGGCCAUUUGAUUGGAAUGCCGUUGCAAGAAUUUGUGGAUGAAGUCUGGAGCCGCUUGUCUGCUGGGGAGGAUCAAAUCCCGGUUGGCUCGGCACAGGAUAUUUUCAAUGCCUUUGAGGUCAAGAGACAAGAAAUGUAUCAGCAGAUGACGGAGUUGCUGUCUGGGUUGUUGAAGCAGUUUUUGAGGUAA